GAAAGUAACGGUUUAUUGAAGUGCUAUUGAGCUUGGACAAUACUUUGUGACAUGGUCGCUCGUUUAAUCUCACGAUCAGUAGAAACUAUCGUUAACAAGUGGCCGGGAAAAAAGUAUUUAGGUGUAUUUCGGUUCCUGCCCUGUUUUGUUGUCAUUGGAGCUGUCCUUGAGUUUAGCAUGGUCAACUGGACAGUUCGGGAAGCGAAUUUUUACACAGUAUACAAAAAGAGACAAAUUCGAGAUCAAGCCCUAGCUGAACUGAAAGCAGAGGCUGAAAAUGCCAGCGGGACUUAGUGGCGGAAAAUAUAUUUCGUUUAUGGCAGCAAGUUUGGUGUCUAUGUUUAUUGGAGCUCAGUUAGUUCAUUCUUAUUACAAACCACUUAAGGAUAUGAAUGAAUUGGUGAAAGCUGAGAAGGAAAAAAUAUUGGCAGAGCAGGCAAAGGAGGCUAAAAAAUCUGAAUCAACUACAAAAAAAUGAUGAAAUAUUGAAUCGUCAUGUCUUAGUUUUGUCAGUUCUUGGGGAUGUGUGGAUAUCUUUGGUUGACUAAAAUACAUUUUGAAAAAGGAACAAUUUACAAAAAAUAUUAGAUUUAUUUAUAAUAUGAUAAUGAAACGAAGAGAUUGUAAAAAUGUAAACUAAUUAUUUGAGGUAUGAUUGUUUGUUCUUGUGUGAUGAAAAAAAUUAAAAGUAUGAAUUUUUGUUUGUGGCAUUGUUUUUUUAUCACGUUUCCAUGUGAUGUAUAAAUUUCAUCAGCACUGCUGAUUCCCGUUAGCCAAUCAUAUCUUACUUGAGGUAUUAAAUGUCUGGCUCUCAUUUCAGUAUUCCAACAAUUAGAAUCGAAAUAAACGGAUUUGUUCAUAGAUAUAUUUCAGAAUGCCUUUGUUUGAUGUGAUCUCUACUUCAAAAUGACUUAACCCUUUCCCAUUCUUCUAGCACUAUUUACAAAGUUCAUACACUGCCAAAAUACUUCAAAAUUAGCUGAAUGUGCACCAAGUUCUAGGAACUUGACAUGUCAAUUUUGCUCCAAAUGCACUAAUAAAAUGCCCAAAGAGGCUCUACUUCAAAAGGAUCUCGAUUAUUUUUCAACUCUCCUGACACUGUUCACAGAGCUCUAGGAACCAAAC